AUGGAUGAAGAGUCUCUGGAAGCUGCUAUUGCCACCUACACAGGGCAGCUGCAGCAGGUGGAAGCAGCACUGCAGGCUGGCUUGGACCCCUCACAACAAUCUGAUCUUCUCAAACUGAAGGAGGAUUUGAGCCAACUUGUGGAACUCACAGAAUCCAGUCUUGUGUCAGUGAAAAAGAGCAGAUUAUUAGCCAGUUUAGAGGAUCCAAAUUCUGCUCAUCCUAAUUUGCAAGCUGAAGGAAGUACGACGAAUGGGGCAUUUGAUGCUGAGUUUGCAGCUUUCUAUUCAGAAGUCGGAGAGACUUCAAGUAAUAAUGUGGUUGAGGAUAAUGAUGAAGGAGAUGAUAAUGAGGAUGAAUACGAUGAAGAGGAAGAAGACCUGAGUGGGAAAAAAGUGAAAGCUCCAUACAGGACAAACUGGGGGACUUUGGAGUACCACAAUGCAAUGGUGAUGGGAGCAGAGCCUCCUGAAGAAGAGGAGGCCUGUGUCAGAGUUCUUUACAUUUACCCCACUCAGAAGUCCAUGAAACCCUGCCCAUUUUAUUUGGAGGAUAAGUGUCGCUUUCCAGACACUUGCAGGUUUUCUCAUGGACAGGUUGUACUGGUGUCAGAGCUCAGGGACUUUGUGGAGAGCGACCUCAGUAAACUUGAAGAAGGCUCUUCUUGUUUGGCUCGACAUGAAGAUGGUAUUUGGUAUCCAGCCAAAAUUACAGACAUCGAUAACAGCUUCUACACGGUGAAGUUUGACUCUGCGCUGAUGAAAGACGCAGUGGUCGAAGCAGACGGUCUUAUUCCUCCAAUGAGAGACGAAGACCCGGUGACAUCAGACUCCGAGGACGAGGACGAGGAUGCUGCUUACGCAAAAGUCCUGGAUUCAGCUGAAGACUCCGCAGCAUCACAAAGCACAGCAGAAUUCGGUGGCUGGGAGGCACACACCAGAGGCAUCGGCUCCAAACUCAUGCUCAAAAUGGGUUAUGAAUAUGGAAAAGGUUUGGGCAAGACACAAGACGGGAGAGUGGAGCCUGUGACGGCCGUGCUGCUGCCCAAAGGCAAGUCUCUGGACAUGUGUGCGGAGCUGACGCAGAGGCGCGGCCAGAGCAGAGCGGCUAAAGACGGCACGGCGAAGGGACAGCCCAAGAAACGCAGGAAGCGGCGGAAACGCAACACGGAGGGGCGCCAGACGGUCUUCGACUUCCUCAACCACAAACUGGGAGGGAAGGGUGCGAGCGGUAACGCGGCGGGCGGAGAGGGGUCCACGCCGACGGGAGUGGAGGCCUACAGGGGCAACAGCAGCACCAAGAGAAACCUGAACGUGCGUCUGUUCAAGGCCUCCGAGAGAGUGGCUCAGACCGAGAGAGAGAUCCAGAGAAUGACUGGGACUCUCAAAAGGCUAGCGGGAAGGGACGCCUCCAGAGUGAAGCAGCUGGAGGAGCAGCUGACAGCGGCUCGUGGGCUCCUGGUGCAGCAGAAAGCCCAGGAGCAGGCCGUCCAGAAGGAGCACAGGAAGGCCGACACGCACAAGAAAAUGACUGAGUUUUGA